ACCCUGAUACGGUCCAGUACUCUUUGACAAUCGAGAGACAAAACCUCACCCUGCAUCUGGAACGGAACAUACAUCUUAUUGGGAAGAACUUUUCUGUGAUGUAUCAUUCAGAUGAAGGCACUCAAGUCACAACGUAUCCAGAUCUCGGGGUUCACUGCUACUACCAUGGACACAUCGUGGGGGUGGAGGCCUCGUCUGCCAGUGUGAGACUGUGUUCUGGAAUAAAGGGUAUUUUGCUUCUCUGGGACCAGACGUACCUCAUUGAACCUCUGGUCAGUCGCGAGGCAGGACAGCAGGAGGACACGCCAAGCUCUCACGCUCACAGUGACGAGGGCCUUCACAUGGUCUACAACUACAAACACCUGAGAAGUAAGAGAAGCACCUGCUCUCAGGGAACCACGACCACUUUCAAUGGUCAUGGAGCUCAUCCAUCUAGACUGUUCCAGCUCAGCAGCUUGAGAAGCGGCGCAGAGGCCGGAGAGUACAUGGUAAGACCCUUGACAGUGGAGCUGGUUCUGGUGGCCGACCACACUGAGUACAUGAUGUUUAACAAUACGGAUAUACUCAGGACCAGAAUGCUCGAUAUAGCAAACCACGUGGACAGGUUGUAUCACCAACUGGGAUUUCGUGUGAUGCUGGUGGGUGUAUAUAUCUGGUCAUACAGAGAUGAGAUGGUGGUCAGCAGUGCAUCCAAUGUGACCCUCAAAAACUUCCUCGCGUGGCGUCGGAGCACCCUGCUGCCGAAGAUCAAACACGACAAUGCACAAUUGAUCACCGGUGUGGACUUUGAUGGUCCAACUGUCGGCUUAGCGAUCACCAGUGCAAUGUGCAGUUCGAAAUCUGGAGGAAUCAAUCAGGACAAUAACAACAAUUUCAUAAUGGUGGCUGUUACUAUUGCCCAUGAGAUGGGUCAUAACCUGGGCAUGAACCAUGACACGAAUACCUGCAUGUGUGAUGGGAACGCAACAGAAAUAGGCUGUAUCAUGGCAGCGACAGCGAACCCCGUGCCUCCACAGCUGUUCAGCAGCUGCAGUAGGAGGGAGAUGGAUAUAUUCUUAAGGUCUUACAACCCGAAAUGUCUGCUGAAUAUACCCUCCACUGAUCGCAUCUACGGAGGCCCAGUGUGUGGAAACGCCUUCGUGGAGGCCGGAGAGCAGUGUGACUGUGGCACUGAAAGGGAAUGUACAAAUCGCUGCUGCGUUGCCGCGACCUGCAGACUUACUGAUGGAGCACAGUGUGCAGUGGGAGAGUGCUGUGAAAACUGCCAGCUGAAACCCACAAGUAGUGUCUGCCGACCGAAGGCAAGGGACUGCGACAUGUCAGAAAACUGCAAUGGCUUCUCUGCCUCCUGUCCGACUGACGUCUAUGCUCAAAAUGGCCUGCUCUGCGGUAGUGGAAAAGGAUACUGCUACAAUGGACAGUGUCCCUCAAAGCAGCAACAAUGCAAAAAACUCUGGGGUCCAGAUGCAGUAGUAGCACCGUUUGCUUGUUACUACCUAUAUGGAAACUGCCAUUUAACAUGGUUUGGCCAUAAAUGUCGGCGCAGAAAAAAAUACUGCGGGACACUUUUCUGCUCUGGAGGCAGGGAUUUUCCUGUGACAAAGAGGAAAUCCGUAUACACUUUAACAAAUGGACAAGAGUGCAAGGAAGCAACUAAAGUACCUAAUUUCCCUGAAGAUGUGGGCAAUAUACCUACUGGCACCAAGUGUGGCACCAACAAGGUGUGCUACAGCAAGGAGUGUCAAGACUUUACAACCCUCAAAGCGUACGACUCCAGUGACUGUUCUCAUAAUUGCAGCAAUAACGGGGUGUGUGACGACGAGAGUAAGUGUCAUUGCAACCCCGGCUGGCUUCCACCUUUUUGUCAGGAGCCGCGCAAAGAGAAGCCUCCAAUGAAUAUGACGGUGAUUCUAGUGGCUGGUGGCAUUGGCUUACUUCUGCUGGUGAUCAUAAUGGUGUGCUGCUGCUGCUGCUGCUGCUGCUGCACUGAUAAAAGACGUCCUGCAAAGAGAUGCCUCCAGCCUAUUUCAGGACAAUUAAAUCCAGUGCCUCUGGACCAAGUCACCAGCCAGCCUGGAUUUGUGGAGUCGUCGCCCACUUCGCACUGCACACCUCUACCGUCUGCUACUGAGCACACGACGUAACUGUAGCACCAGUGGUGAGGUCACCGUUUCAUCCAGGAGCAUCAGCACCACAGUAGUGAAACACUUACACCGACCUUGUAUGUGUUAGUUUUUCAUCUUAUAUAGCAAAGGGUCUGUAUUUAGAUUUACAUUUAAGCAUUUAGCAGACGCUUUUAUCCAAAGUGACUUACAAAAGAGGAAUUAUCUACAUAGAAGAAGUCUUGGAAAGAACUCCACUAGAUAGGACCAGUGGACUGAUAGAGGGUGAAAGUUCAGAGGUGGAUCCAAGUGCAGAAGGAGAUCAUGCAGGGGAGGGGGUGUAGGGUAAGUGCUAGGACACAAGAUGCUCUUGGAAGAGCUGGGUCUUCAAGAGCUUCUUGAAGAUAGACAAGGACACCCCUGUUCUGGUAGCUCUCGGUAGGCACACGAAGAGUCUGGAUUGUUUUGUGCGGGGUGUUGGCACCGCGAGGCGACGAUCCUAUGAUGAACGGAGUAGUCCAAAGGUAACAUAAGCCUUAUGAGAGCAUUGAAGUAGGUAGGAGCAGACCCAUGAAGCACUUUGUAGGCUAGCAUCAGUGAUUUGGAUUUGAUGCGGGCGGCUAAGGGUAGCCAGUGGAGCUCAAUGAACAGAGGGGUGACAUGUGCCCUUGGAGGCUGAUUUAAGACCAGGCGUGCCACCACAUUCUGGACCAUCUGUAGCAGCACAGGCCGGGAGGCCUGUUAGCAGGGCGUUGCAGUAGUCAAAGUGGGAGAUGACCAAAGCCUGCAGUAGGAACUGGGUAGCCUGUUGAGUUAGGUAUGGCCCGUAGCCACACAUGCAAUAAACUCCAGAGAAACAACUUAUAAACACAACAUUAUUGUUAUUAAACUGUCAAAGGGUAACUUUUUUUGGCCCGUUUCAGCCACCCAAUAUACCAAAGACAGUUGUAUACCAGCCAUCAAAAAUUCAACAGGUUGUAAAGCCGUUCAUGCUGCCAUACCCUGCUAUAAGCCAGCCGUCCUAUAAAGAGGACCUGCAAUGUUAAGUGACAGAGCUUUUCUAGGGACCACUGCCGUCUGUCUUGCUUUGUUGAUGAAAACCUGGAGCCAGCAUUGACAAUCUCAACUUCUCUACUUCAUUCAUGAAUGACAAACGACUACGCCGCCAUGGUUCAUGUCACUCUCCCUCGAUCCUGGGAUGUGUGAAAACUUCACACGGCAAUUGUUUUGUGUGCCAUAGAGAUACAUUUACUUUAUUUUACUGUUUUACUGGUUUUGGUUCUCAGUCAGUUUGCUGAAGGCAACUGGACGUAUUGUUUGUAAAUCCAGAAAUAAAUAACAUUAAACAUCUUAAAUGGUGGCACCAACAUGGGCACAAGUUGAUUGUUUUGUACUAACCAAUGUACGCGUGACUUUGUAAGACUUUAACAGCAGUGUUUUUCUUCUCUGUGUGUCUGAUACAUAUUGAUUGUAGUUUCUCAUGGGAUUUUCUUUUGCAUAUUCUCUGCAGCAGCAACAAUUGCACUGCUUUUACAAAUGCCAAUGAC